AUGUAUCCCGUCGGCUUCUUGAUUGCGUGCGCCCGGCUCUUCCAGUAUGCCACGCCACAGAACACAUUGCUUGUCCUCGCCUCCUUCGCCCUCAUCUUACUCCUCUAUUUGAGAUACCCCAUUCAUCAUACCGCGGACGAUGUGCCAUCUCUGCCAGGCUUCUUUCUUUUCAACGUGUUUCCGUUCUUCCGCCAGCGAUUUGAUUUCAUACGAUAUGGCUUCCAGUCUGUCCCAGAGCACACACUCUUUCGAUUCCGACUUCUUCGGAACCACGUCGUUGUCGUCUCGGGUGAGCGAGGACGCCGAGAUUUCUUCAAUGCGAGACAUCUGGAUCUGCAGGAGGGCUUCCGCGUGCUCUCAGGUGCCCUCCCCUUCGUACAAGGGAUAACAUCCGAUCUCCGACAACGCCGCAUCGCACAGCUGUAUAGGCGGCUCGCGCAAGUCCAGAAGAAUGAGCGUCUAACACAGCUUGUACCCGACAUUCUCGGCGACGCUAAACAGGUCAUGACGUCGUGGGGCUCAGCAGGUGCUUGCGAUCCUUUUGAGAAAAUUCACGAGCUCGUCUUCCAAAUUACCGUUCGCUGUCUGUCGGCGACAGAGAUCGCAGACGACCCUUUGCUCGUGGCACGAUUGAGGGCCUUGUACGACGACGUUGACCGUGGUACGACACCGGCUUCCGUACUUUUUCCAUUCUUUCCGGGAUCCGCCAUGAUUAGGAAGGCGCGUGCCACCAAGGCAAUAUAUGACAUUGUCGUGGCGGCGAUAAGCAUCAGGAGGCAGAGUGGCAAGGCUAAGAACGAUAGCCUGCAAAUGCUUUUAGAUGCAGGCGAAGACGAUACAAUGGUUGUCGGGUUUAUCAUGGGUCUUCUCAUCGCAGGCGCACGUUCAACGGGAACAACCGCUUCCUGGCUGACAGUCUUCUUGGGAUGCCAUCCGCACUGGCAAUCUGCUGCUCUAGCCGAAGUCCGUGCGCUUGUUGCGGCCCACGUUAACGUGUCGACCACCGGCACCUCGCUUUCCUCGUUCGCCGACAUACUCUCGAGCAUUCCCCUGAGCGCAUGGGAGAAUGAGGUCCCCAUUCUCGACUCGCUCAUCCGAGAGACACUGCGCAUCGCUCAACCGCAUGUGGCUAUGCGCCGCAAUGUGGGACCCGAUCUAUACAUCGACGGCAAGGUCAUUCCUUCGGGAACGUUCGUCGUGUACCCGUUCGCGGACGUACACCUUGACCCGAAGUUGUAUCCGGACCCCUGGGUAUUUGAUCCUGCGCGUUUGCCAGCAAAGGGCGAGUUUUCGUACGUGGGAUGGGGUGGCGGCCGCGUGAACUGCCUCGGGACGCGCCUCGCAAAGGUGGAGAUGAAGACCAUCACCGCGUUGCUUCUCCUCGGUUUCGAAUUCACCACCGUGGGGGCGGACGGCACGUUGUGUAACCCACACCCUCAUCCCAACUGGAAUGAUGUUCUCACUUGCCGCCCGGACGAUGUUGACCUGACCCUGCGCUAUGCACGGCGCAAAGAUGCACUGUAG